GUGCAUUCCGUAAGCGGGGUAUAAAUUUGCACGCCCAAUCGUCGAUAGCAGUGAGGACGUACAUCACGUAGAGGAAGCACGAUGGAGAAAGUGCUGAUUUUGGUUUUGCUUGUGGUCAUUGCCGCUGAUAAUAUCGGAGCCAUGCCAAGAAGAAUUCUGCGGCAGCGAGCGCUCAAUAAGGGACUACAAGCCAGAUCUGACGUUGCUCCAGCUGAUUAUGAAAGCGACGAGGGCGAUAACGAUGGUGGCCACGACGGCUCUGAGGUUGCUAAACCAAAAAUGCCACGCGGUAAUGGAGGAGGUGGAGACUUCGAAGAGAUCCCGGAAGUCGAACGGCGAGAACUACAAGCCAGAUCUGACGUUGCUCCAGCUGAUUAUGAAAGUGACGAGGGCGAUAACGAUGGUGGCCACGACGGCUCUGAGGUGGCUAAACCAAAAAUGCCACGCGGUAAUGGAGGAGGUGGAGACUUCGAAGAGAUCCCGGAAGUCGAACGGCGAGAACUACAAGCCAGAUCUGACGUUGCUCCAGCUGAUUAUGAAAGUGACGAGGGCGAUAACGAUGGUGGCCACGACGGCUCUGAGGUGGCUAAACCAAAAAUGCCACGCGGUAAUGGAGGAGGUGGAGACUUCGAAGAGAUCCCGGAAGUCGAACGGCGAGAACUACAAGCCAGAUCUGACGUUGCUCCAGCUGAUUAUGAAAGUGACGAGGGCGAUAACGAUGGUGGCCACGACGGCUCUGAGGUGGCUAAACCAAAAAUGCCACGCGGUAAUGGAGGAGGUGGAGACUUCGAAGAGAUCCCGGAAGUCGAACGGCGAGAACUACAAGCCAGAUCUGACGUUGCUCCAGCUGAUUAUGAAAGCGACGAGGGCGAUAACGAUGGUGGCCACAACGGCUCUGAGGUUGCUAAACCAAAAAUGCCACGCGGUAAUGGAGGAGGUGGAGACUUCGAAGAGAUCCCGCAAGUCGAACGGCGAGAUUUACAUCACCGAUGAAUACAAUGGAGCCUUAGAAGUUGGAUGACUCGGCAAAAAUAGAAAUAAAGAAACAAUUUGCCAAGAUAUUCGGUGGAGUGCUUUCAAAAUAAAUUCAAGUAUUGGUGUGCAUGCCAAA